GUUUUUAUUUGAAGCACAAUUUAUUGCAUGAAUUAUUAAUCAUUAAAUAAACAUUUUAUCGUUUGUUAAUGUAAUUCACUCAUUAAUAAUGUGAUACACUCAUUCACAAUCAUUGCUCUCGUAUGGUUCGCGCUGAACGUGCAGAUAUUGAAUAUGCAUCAUGUUAUUUUUCUAAUCUAACCUAAAACAAAUUCAGAUCUAUUGCACUAAGCCCGUUCGUCUGUCUGCAUAAUCCUUAUUUUCCUACUCUGGCUUCCUCUAUGUAGUUUCCUGCCUCAUGCUUCAAAAUAUCCCCGAUACUGUUUGCAUUCUGUAUUUCUGCGCUAUUCCAUUAUCGUCUUAAUAAUUUAAUUUUUAUCUAUUGAAAAAACAGUGUUGACAGUAGAAUUAACGGUUUGUAUUUUAAAGCAAAACUGCUCGAUAACAUCUUCUGCCUGGAGCCCACCAUGGUUUACGCAGUAUUUCAGUAUAAGUCUUUUCUCACGGAUUCGCCUUUGGGAAUCACGUACGGGGACAUGACGUUAUCUUCAUAAGUUUGUUUUCUGGGACAACAUCGCACGAAAUAAAUUUAGUUUUAGCAAAAUAUGUAUUCAGUAUAGCAGAGGGUAAAGCCGUGCUUUAUCUGACUAAUUUCAUCAGAGAAAUAACCCUGAAAUUCGAAAGAUGGUAGUUUUAUUAAAUAUCGAUAUCACAUCGCACUUAUAGGUCUAUUCUUAAAUUAAUUCCUUUUGUGUGCCUUUUUAUCCGCUACUAGUUUUUUUUUUAAUCUAUUAUGUUAACAUGUAUAAUUUAUCACAGCGUUCUGCGUUGUAUUCGUUAUAUUACUCCUUGUGUUGAUUUAUUGGUCGUAUUGGAUACUUUGGCGGCAAGAAAAUUCAUCAUCGUUGAUGAAAUUGGUCAGCCAGAUAACAGGCGGCUUUUUCCUUCUACUAUUAUUUUAAUUAAAACAAAGUUUUUUUGUGCUGUCUUGCCCCGGGAAACAAACUUGUGAAGGUGGCAUGUUGAUUUUUUUUCAACGCAAGCCCCAAUCCGUUAAGUCGUUGUAGAGUUACGAGAGCUGGAUUUUUUAGCUAUCGGAACGGUUACUUUUUAAAGAUAUGCAAAUCAUCAACAUUUGAUAGGCGAGCGUAUCGUACUAUCUUCUUUUAGGGUUAAGUCCUCUACGACACAAAAAAUUAUCGGUAUCAAACAACAGUAGUUAAAACCAGCGAACGAGUUGUCAAUUUGCUACGCACGUAGAUAUAAUCGUUAUCGAUAUAAUAAUCGAUAUAAUAAUGUUCAAAUCGGUCAUUUAAUGGGCCAUCGGAUUAGUGGCUGCUCGCUCGGUGGCGAAGUGCUUCAGCUUGUAAAUAUCAAGGCAUCUUUUUUCUCUGGAGCCGACGGAAGAGGGCGUCGUCCGACGCUAGCUUGCAUCCCGCCGCCUAUGCGAGCGAACCUGCAUCUGGCGUACUGUUACUCUUAUCGCUGCUGCUGUUUGUUCCUUGACCUAUUAGUACCUGCUUAGCUACUUUACAAACGGCAGCGAAGACACGAAACAGAUAGGCCCUUUGAGACAAGGAGUGUGAAGCUUCGGUUGGGUAUGCAGGAGGCCUAGGGGUACGGUGAGCCAUGCAGGGAAACAUGUGGAGAAGGAGUAAGGGCCCAAAGGGGGGCCACUGGCGCGACCAGUGCGGGCGAAACAUCUGCAGUUCCCAGCCAGCUAUUGUAAAAAGAGCAGUCAUCUAUUUGCCCGCUAGCCAGCACGACACACACCCAUUUACUACCAGCCUUUUUCUCUUUAUUGCAUUUUCUCACAUUCGUCUGACGUGCACACACACACAAACACAUUCAUACAUAGACACAUACUUAAACAAGCUUCUUGCGUAGUGUAUUCUCUCAUGCGGUUUGUUCCGGCUCGGCUUGCCUCUUUAACGUUUGUCAAUAUGCUAACCAUCCACAUACGGGAACCCACCAUGAAGACAAGGAAGGGGUACACCCCAAGAAGUAUCGUGCGCCGCCGUUGGUAAGAAGGCCUCUGCCAAACAGCCAGCACACGCGUGAUGGGUAGCAGCUGUAUAACAAGAGGCCAUUUUUCGUCGUAGGCCUCUACGAUGUACAUAUUUACCCAACUAUACGCUCUUCUACACAAAGAUAUAUGGAUUCUACGAAUAAAACGACACUACUGUACAUCUUUAUUCGAGCUAUUAAUGCCUCUAUUUGUUGUCGGUAUGCUCUCAAGUGGUCUUAACAAAGCCGCUCCGGAAACAUCAGGACGGGGAAUGUGGUAUAACGCGACCAUUUAUCCACCCAAAGAGCCCUACACGGCAGAGCAAAUCAAAUUUCCGAUGUCCGCUGGACGCCAAACAUCUCGAAUCCAUAUCAUCUAUGCACCUCGAACGAAAUACACGACCCAUAUUGUUGAGUCUGUUUUCAAUCUUGCCCGAAAUGUUUCCAUUACGGGUUUUGUCGGUAGCAAGGAUCUUGAGGUGUAUUUAGCAAAAAUUAACGGCAGCGUUGAUCUGUCCAUUAUCUUUCGGUCGGUGAGCCAACCCAGUCAUUUGAGUUAUACCCUACAGUAUGGCUUCGGUAGUUUAAUGCCAUCUGGCAACGCGCUUGGCGACUUUGCUAGCCCUAGGACGCCUAGGUCCAUCAUGGAAGAAACCCUGCUGUUCCCAACAAUGUACGCAGUUUUCAAGGAACAUGCAAAAUUUUACAAGCUAAAAAUCAAUGCGCGACUGGAUCCUAUACGGCCCUUUCCGACUGACCGCUACUAUUUUCGGAAAGCAGGCAUGAAGAAGGAUCAAUCUGCGGAGGACGCAACGUUUAUUCGGAUGAGCGACAUGAUCAUUUUGUUUAGCUUCAUUACAUUCAUAUGCUCCUUUUCAAAAGGUAUUGUCGCGGAAAAGGAGACUCGCCUUCGAGAAAUCAUGCGAAUGAUGGGCCUGCCAGACAUUGUGUACUGGAUUAACUGCAUGCUUGUAGGCACCAUACGAGGCGGGUUGAUUGCGGUGAUACUCAUGAUCUGUUUAUGUGACUUCGGUGUCGCGCAAGUAUUCGUGUACUCAGACGCGUCGGUGAUUGUCCUGUUCUUCAUUGUCUUCACCAUGGCAAUAGUUAAUUUUAGUCUGCUGUUCACCGUUCCAUUCUCUUCGCCGAAGAUUAUGGUAUUUGUGGUAUUUAUCGUGCAAGUGGGCACUGUAGCUAUGAUAGUCACGUAUGUCGAUGAUCCUGCAGGAGGUCUUACGGGUUACAUGUCAUUGACUGUUCCGUUCAAGUUGGCCACCUCCCUCGUGCCUCAAAUCGGUAUUCAUUGGCUUAUGAAGCUUGCCUCGUUUUCCGAGCAAAAGGGUGAAGGUCUACAAUGGCACAAUAUAAAUCAAGCUGUCAUCCCAGGUGAUAAUAUCGCGCCAAUCGAGAUUAUAUACGCAAUGUUAUUAUCGUGGCUACUCUAUCUUUUGCUCGCGAUGUAUCUGGAUGCCAUUAAUCCUUGGCAAUAUGGAAACGCAAACCACCCGCUCUUUUUUCUGCUCCCUUCCUAUUGGUGUCCCACCGUGGCGGAUUUUUCACAUAAAGCUUCUGUGCGAAAUUCCAACAAAGAAAUGAUAGAAAACAUAUCAAAGAAAUUGCGGGUUGUUGUUCGUCUGGUUCAAAUCUCGCAUAGAUUUGGGCCAAUUCGAGCUCUUAGCAAUUUGUCAGUCGAUCUCUACUGUAAUCAAAUCACCAUGUUACUUGGUCACAACGGAGCCGGCAAAACGACGCUGAUGAGCAUCCUGACGGGACUUAUACAGCCAGACCAUGGGGAAGUCUUCAUAAACGGUUACAGCGUAAGAAAGCAUACGCGGAAGGCUAGAGAGAGCCUUGGAUUCUGCCCUCAACACAAUGUGCUCUUUGAUAAGCUCACAGUUAUGGAACAUUUGGUGUUCUUUGGUAAGCUCAAAGAUGCCGAAGAGAAUUACCUGAGGCAGGAAAUAAAGCAUCUACUAUCGGAACUUGACUUAACGCAGAAGUCGAAUUCGUUUUCUAAGGACCUUUCUGGCGGCAUGAAAAGAAAAUUAUGCCUCGCCAACGCCAUGGUCGGAGGCAGUGAGAUAGUGAUCCUCGACGAGCCUACGGCUGGAAUGGAUCCCGAAGCUCGACGCGCUGUAUGGGGACUUUUGCAGGAUGAACGACGCUAUAGGACGAUCCUGAUGACAACUCAUUACAUGGAAGAGGCGGACGUUCUGGGCGAUCGAAUUGUGUUUGUGGCGAAAGGACGCCUUCUGGCUGCCGGAUCUCCGAUGUUCCUGAAGAAGAAGUUCGAAACCGGCUAUAACCUUCGGCUAAGCAAGAAAAGCUUGGACGUUAACACGGCCCGCGUCGUUGCCGUAAUAAAAAGAUGUCUGCCUGGCAACGAUAUCGUUAAUCUAGAUUCGGACAUUGGUUACGAGUUUGUCGUCAAUAUUGGCUUCCCUUCACCACAACAGCUCGUCGAACUGUUCAGAUAUCUUGAGGACAACUUGAGUACUCUCGGAAUCCACAGUAUUGGCAUAUCAAUAACGACAAUGGAAGAUGUAUUUCACAAGGUGGGCGAAUACGGUGAAGCCAAAUCUAAGGACGGUAUCUUCUCACGAGAUAGUGAAAAAUUCGAUUUUACAUUUACAGAGGAAUUCAAACGCCCAUUUUUCAUUCCCGAAGGUCAUCACCUGAGUAGACUUCGAUUAAAAGCACUCCUAAAGAAAAGGUGGCUUGUCGGUCGUCGAGAAUGGAGAACCCUAUUCUACCUUGGAAUUGUGCCAGCUCUCGCCACUAUGUUUUAUUGUAGUUCAACUGGGACAAAUCUUACAGAUAAUCUGCAAAAACCGAUUACGUACUCGUUGUCUCAAAUUGCCCGCAAUCCUAUCGCUUUUGUGACCAAAAAACAGGACGGAGUCGUCAGAAACUUUGUUAAGGCCCUUAAGUCUGAGCAGGUAGAAAUAAAGACGUUGAAUCCAGGCCAAGAUAUUGGUAAAUACCUGCUGGGUAUAGCUAGUUCUGAACCCGCAAACUAUAAGUCUCGCUGGGUUGCUGGCGGAGAAUAUGAUGGACGGAAUCGCGUUUUGUGGUACAACGGCGAACCGUAUCACGUCGGCGGCGCUGCUUUAGCUACGUGGCAAGGCGCAAUGCUUGCGGAGGCUACUCGAGAUCCGACCGCAAUUGUAAACGUCACGGGCCUGCCACCUGCGAGUGCGAGGGUCCAAAAUUUAUUACAUUCUGUAGUGGUUCAAUUUCAAAUCAGGUUCAUGGCCAGUGUCGGUGUAACGUUUGCAGUAUCGUAUAUGCUUUGCAACGCUGUAGUACUCCCAAUCGAGGAACGGGUCGCAAAAGUUAAACUGGUGCAAAUUAUGACCGGACUUCCCCGAUGGCUGUACGUUUUCUCAAAUGCGGUCUUUGAUCUGUUGUCUAUGUUUGUCACCGUAACGAUCAUGGUGGCAAUCUUCGUUCUAGUAGAUCCCAGUAAUGUGUACGCAGUAACGCAAAACCUGGCGGCUUUAAUCGCGGUUUUGACCCUCUUCUGUUUCUCCAUGCUUCCUCAGGUGUACAUUAUCACCUAUAUUAUUGACGAUUCCGCGACGGGACUUUCGGUCGUGCAGUAUCUAACAUUAAUACCGGGGAUUGGCUUGGGAAUUGUGAUUGCAAUGUUUGAAUUGAUUGCUAUCUUAACCAACGAAGCUCUCCUUCUUCCUGUGAAGCUGGGCAGCCUAAUACCUACCUUUGCCGUAUCGUGGGCGAUCAGCAGCAUUCGCUCAAAUACGAUCGGCGAAAAACUCUGCGAAACUGUCCAAGGAUCCGAACGCAUUAUAAUGUGCAGAAUGCUUCCGGAGUUGUACAGACUCUGCUGCCAGCCAUGUCCUGAAGGAGGGCCAAAUAUUUGUUACGCUGGCCAACGGGAUGCAUUCGCUUUCGACACACGAUUUGGCUGCGGGUUACAGAUCGUUUGUAUGACGAGCAUCGGCCUAAUGGGCUGGGUUUUCUUAUCUAUCAUGGAGCUGUACUACAUGAAAACAGUGGAUUAUCUGGAAAACCUAAAAAAUAACGGACUACGGGGAUUUCGAAUGCUUUGGCAUAGGAAUGACCAAAGUGGAACAAUGCUAUUUGGCCCAGAGGACCCCGAUGUAGUCGGUGAGCGAUUUCAGGUCGAACAGGCCAUUGAUACCAAUUCCACAAGGGAAUACGCCAUGGUUGUUCACGAGUUGACGAAAUACUACGGGACGUUCUUAGCCGUAAACAAAAUUUCAUUUCUUGUCAACAAAAAAGAAUGUUUCGGCCUUCUCGGCGUGAACGGUGCGGGCAAAACGACAACGUUCAGCAUGUUAAGUGGCGACCUAAGCGUUUCAAGUGGGACAGCGUACAUUCGAGAUCAGCAAUUGCACAACAAUGUUCAGGGGUUUCAGAAACUUAUCGGAUAUUGUCCUCAGCAAAACGUCCUGAUCGAUAGCAUGACAGGAAACGAGAUGCUCCGGCUUUUUUGUGCUCUUCGCGGCGUAGACACCGAUCAAACGGAUGCGAUAAUCGAACUGAUUGUACGUCUCACCGAUCUUUCAAGUCAUGCUGAUAAGUUGACAUAUAAUUACAGUGGUGGAACCAAGCGGAAAUUGUGCGUCGGUUUAGCAAUUGUCGGUAAUCCGCCGCUUCUCUUCCUUGAUGAGCCAACGGCGGGCAUCGAUCCUACAGCGCGUCGAAAAAUUUGGGGUACGCUAACAGCUCUUCAACGCGAAAUAGGUUCAUCGUGCAUGCUGACAUCCCACUCGAUGGAAGAGUGCGAAGCGCUCUGUCAGCGUAUUGCCAUAAUGGUGGCGGGUAGCAUCCGCUGUAUCGGCUCUUCGCCAGAUUUGAAACUGAAGUUCAGCCACGGCUUCACUGUACUGGUGAAGUUAGCCGUUGAUUCACCUCAGCAAGAAAAAGCAGUCAUUCACUUUAUGCAAAGCGUAUUCCCUAGUGGAUGCCGACUCAAGCAGAGCUAUCAGCGCCUGCUGACGUUCCACGUGUCGAAAGCGACCCUUCGAUGGAGUGUGGUCUUCGAGCGUAUCAUGACUAUGCGGAAUGAUCCAGCACUUGAAAUCGAAGAUGUCCAGGUAUCUGACACGUCAUUAGAAGAGAUAUUUCUCUCAUUUGCAAAUCGAGGCACUUUUACCGUGAAUGCCGAUAUGAGCACGCGUUCCGAAAGUUCUUCUGAAAAACUAGAGCCCAGUGAUGCCAGCGAGACUCAGCCAGCGAUAGAACGCGAUCAGGAAGAUCUAUCGGACAGUAAUUCCGAUACUGUUGAAAUCAUUGGUGGAAGAUCUAUUUCAAAGCGUAAGCGUAUGCCUUUGUGGGUGCUUGAACGUUUACCAGACCAUCAUGGCGAUGGCGAUCCCGAUCCCGACUCUCCACAUAUACAUCCGGUUGUGCCUCGAAGCUCAAUGCCGACAAACGUGCCCCCGGUUCCGAGAAAGAUUCUAGCCGACCAGGCAGACCUGAAGCCACACCGACUUGAGGCCGGCAAAACUCGAAAAACACCCUCCUCUCCAACAGCUGCAGAUGUGGGCGGGAACGAGAAUGCCGAAGUUUUAAGAACUAGUAGGCGCCAUCCUAUUUCCGAGGUUCGGCGGAAAUACGACGUCCUGCCAAAAGAAGGAAUUACUAAAAAUGCCAGAAACCUCGCAUCGAGUCAGUCCGAAAGCACUGACGGCAAAAAUCAGCUUCAACACCCGAUCAAACUGUUCGCAGCCCAUAAAAACGAUAUUGUUAAGCCAUUUUCAGCUUCCAAGAGACCCAGCAAGGAAUCGCUUGACAAAGGGAAGCAACCACUGACACUGGCCUACAGUCUUGCUACGACAAACUCCGAUCAGACGCGAACUUCGCCAACGUCAACGCCGUCGUCAGAUACCGUGGAAAGCAAACGUAUCCAUUCCAUCGCCUUACCCGACUCCUAUCAGUAAUUCGUUGGCAAGGCAGCAUAUGAAAUCUGUACAGCGAGUGAUCAGUAUCUCAUUUGCUAUUCAGACUACUAAUUUACUGUCUUCUUAAU